CUAACUGAUUGAAUUUUGUAGCGGGAAACAUAACAUGACUUCGCUCACUUCGAUUUGAAAUGAGUAGUGACAGUGAGGAGGAAGAUACGGUCGUAAAGAUCGAAAAUGUACUCCAGGAUAUUGAUGAAGAGAAUUGUAUAGUCAUGGGUGGGAUCGAUGAUAAAUCCGCUUGUACAUUUACGAAGGGAUAUGUAAAACGACAAGCGCUUUACACCUGUCGAACAUGUUUAGACAUAAACAAAGUGAAAGCUGGGAUAUGUUUUCCUUGUGCAACUGUCUGCCAUGCUGACCACGACAUAGUUGAGCUAUACACGAAACGCUAUUUCAGAUGUGACUGUGGCAAUGCAAAAUUUGCGAGUGUUUGUCAAUGUCUAUUGUGGGAGGAAAAAGAUGAUGAAAACAACUUGAACGAAUACAAUGACAAUUUCUGUAACCGAUAUUGCACAUGCCAACGUCCGUAUCCAGACCCGGAUUAUGAUGGUGUUGAAGAAAUGAUUCAGUGUGGUGUUUGUGAAAACUGGUUCCACCUGGAGCAUCUCAACAUGGAUAGAGAAUUCGAGUCUCCUGAGGAUUACAACGAGAUGACCUGUUUUAUGUGCAUCAAAAAGUACGCAUUUCUUUUUAUGCAUGCAUACGACAAUGAAGGGACAUUCCGGAAAUCCUGUCAUUUAACUACCUGUUUCGAUAUUAACAGCUCUGAGUCAAGCUAUACUCCAGAUUCUAAAAAGUUGAAAAAGGCUGGAAAUGACGCAACGACUCAUACAGGGGACAGUUGUGAUUGUCGUCUUUCUAUGUGGGCUAGUAGAAUGAAACAUCAUGUAUCUGACUUCCGCUGUUCGUCACUUGAUGGCAUAGAAAACUUAGAUUGUAGUUUGGUACCAUCAGUGUUUUGGAUUUCUGAUUGGAGAAGUUGUCUCUGUCGAUGCGUAGACUGCAAGAAAAUGUACAAGAAUUUUAAUGUCGAAUUUCUGUUGGAUCCUGAAGACUCAGUAUCUUUUUAUAUGCAGCUAGGAAAACAAAGGACUAAAUCAAUUACCGAGGAGGAGAAACGCACACUAAAUGAAGCUCUAGCAGAGCUGCCACAUCCUGUGGCAGUGAAUUUUGCAACAGGUAACCUUCACAACCUUGAUUUAUCGCAUGAUAAAUAGUAGUGAACCUAAAUUAUACGUAGAAAUAGUAAGAACACUUAUAGUAACUCCGUAAAAUUAACUCGACACAACUGAAUCACAAAGAUUGUGUUAGGAUUCAGCAAAAUUAAUAAUGGUUAUGUUAUGUACCUUUUCUAUGUGUCAAUCACUCUUACAAUGGACAUGUAUUUGUUUGACUAAUAUCAAUAUUCGGUCAGUAAAAUUUUGUGUUCCAAAAUUCAUCAGUAAGUUCGUAAGCUUUUUUCUGUUGUCGAGGCAACUCACAAUGCUGGUCUUUUGCGUAACUAAAAAAUUAACACAAGUAGCCCAUUGUUUGACUAAAACCCUGAAUCAGUACACUCAAACGUUGGAUGGAUGAGAUCAAGCGCGCUGUAAUUUUGUGAGGUAUCUCAAAUAUUUUCUGCCAUCAAAAUUUAUUUAUUUAUUCGUGCAUUCACACUUUAUUAUGGUUUUGAUGAGAAUGUAAUAAAAUAUUCCAUUAGUAUUAGGAGGAUCAUAGUUCCUACUACAUUCAAACUACUUUUUUAUUCCAACGCAUUAAUAUUGGUGCAAAUAAAAACUAAAAUAUGUAUGCGCCAAGCAAAUUAUUGAAUUUUUGUUGGCUGAAAUACUUUCGAGGUGCUUAAGUCGAAACAGAUAGGUUUCUUUAUCACUUUACGAACCUUUGGUCUAAAAGUUUAAUCCACAAGGCAGCGGAGCAACGAUCUGAUGGUAGCAGUUCAGUAACAAUAAAUCCGCACACCGCUCAUACCCUCUGGACCCCAAAGAUCAUGUAGACUAGAGUUUUAUAACUCUUUUCGAUUGAUUACUCGUUCCGACCUGCCUUUCUAACAUUCGAAUAGAAUGAGUUCGUCAUAGUAACUGAAACAAAGCACAUCAAGAAACAUCCUAUAUGGCUUUUUAGCAGAUGUAAAUCUCCUAAUUAGACAUCUAUUUUGUGCAAUAUUUCGUUUAUAUUGUAAAUGGCUGUGUUUCAUCAUAUAAACAGUCACCAUAUAUUUUCAAAUGCUAUUGAGUAUGAAUGAUAGAAUAAAGAGAAAGGUAUUAUAUAUGACAGGAAUAAGCAUGGCAGUCUAUACUACGUUGCUAUACGAUUGAUAUUAAACUACCAAUAAAGUACAGGAGCAUGUUAAACGCCUUUGUUUCAGUUAGUAGGUUACAACACUUCGGAACACAAUCUGUUCGAAAAUAGUUCUUUACAAACCAAAUGAGACCUUAUGAUAAAAACAUCUAUACUUAAAUAACCUAGGUUAUAUGAACUGAAUGAAGAAAUAAUAUAACCGUGUAGAAAGAUCUGAAAGUCUAUGAACAAAGACACAUUCGUAUAUGUUGCAACAAUAUUGAUUUACAUGUUUCGCAAUUUAGGAUUUGCGCGACUGAAGGAAGCCCUGGAAGAAUUCUUUACUAAGAAGAGAGAUGAAAAUCAUAUUGUAACGGAAUCAGAAGUAAGAACUUUUUUCGAGGAUUUCCGCAGGCGCAGUCAAUCAUGAAUGCAAUUGAGAGGAGAAACUCCAAUCUUUUUAUGUACAUUUCUAAGUUUUGUCACACACUCAACCUCUAUUGUAAUUGAGUUUUGAUCUGAUUAGUAUGCAUCAGAGUUUUUAUUUUCCUAA